AUGGCGGAUGCUCCCGUUCCUAAAAAGCCGAACCCGGCGUUUGAACAUGUCAUGUUGGGCCUCCCGAAAUUCAAGGCGAAACUUCCAUCAAAACCCUGGCUCGUGUUCAUCGGUAUCGUCAGUACUUGGACGGGUCUAAUCGUUUACGACCGUCGCGAAAAGAAGAAAGCUCAGCAGUACUGGUGCGACAGGGUCUCCCAUCUCGCCGAACGACCUUUAUCGCCGCACCAACUACCACGGAAAGUUACGAUAUACCUUGCAUCCCCUCCCGGGGAUGGGAUCACAAGUGCACGGGAGUAUUUUAAGGAAUAUGUGAAACCGGUCCUGGUUUCGGCGGCAGUGGAUUACGAAGUCGUAGAGGGGAGAAAGGCCGGCGAGAUUAGAUGGAAGGUGGCGGAGAGAACACGGAGACUUCGAAGAGGGGAGGAUGAUUCGGAGGGUACGGAGAAGGAAGCGGCUAUCAUGGCUCAUGGCAAGCAGGCAGGUCUCAGUAGAGAAGAGGGGCCUGGCGGGGUUGUCGUCGUAGGACGGCAUACGUGGAAGGAGUACGUACGAGGGUUGCAUGAGGGAUGGUUAGGGCCGUCCGAUAUCAUCGAUGACGAACCCGUGAAGGAAAAGAAAGAUGUACCUGAACCACAACCUGUGGUUUCAUCGAUAUCGGAUGCACUGCCCGCCGAGACUACACAAGAAAGCCAACCUACAGAGAGUGGAAGUUCGACGGAGAAAGACUCUGAGAAGGAGAAGCCGAGGAAACCUCAGUUCCCCCCGCCUGCGAUCCUUCAGGCCGAAUAUCCAUCUGCAUCACUGCCGCCGUCUGUACCGGCAUCCUUCCAACCUUCGAAAAUAGUACCAUUUCCUCACCUUCUAGGCUUCCUAAACACUCCCUUCCGUAUCCAAAGAUAUCUCACCCAACGACGCCUCAUGGAGCAUGUUUCCCGUGAAGUAGCAUCGAUAGCGUUAGGUACCUACGAACCAUACCAAGCGCGGGAAGACAUCGCAGACGCUUACAAAAUCGAGGAGACCGAUUGGCCCAAAAGCUGGGUGGAGCGAUUAUCUACAGGAGAUAUUGAAGACAGCAAGGACGAACCAUUGCGUGAAAAGACAAUGAUAGAGGAACUACAUGUCGACGGUAGGAUUGUCGAAAGGAUGAAACGGUUUGUGCUCCCGGAAGAUACUGCUGCCGAGGGGCCGAUAUCGACCGCGGGGCUUGAUUGA